CGCCUGUGUGGCCGUCUCCUGCCUCGCCUCUCUGCGGGUCUUUGUCCUCCGCUUUGUCCUCGCCGCUCUCGCCGAGCUGGCGUCGUCCUCGCCCCCAUCGCCGCCGGCCCCUCGCGGCCGGGUCUUGCCUACCAUGGUCGCCCGGCCGGAGCCGGAGGUUGAGGCCAUGGACGCCGAGUUAGCGGUGGCGCCGCCUGGCUGCUCGCACCUGGGCAGCUUCAAGGUGGACAACUGGAAGCAGAACCUGCGGGCCAUCUACCAGUGCUUCGUGUGGAGCGGCACGGCCGAGGCCCGCAAGCGCAAGGCAAAGUCCUGUGUCUGCCAUGUCUGUGGCAUCCACCUGAACCGGCUCCACUCUUGCCUCUACUGUGUCUUCUUUGGCUGUUUCACAAAGAAACACAUCCACGACCAUGCAAAAUCCAAGCGGCACAACCUGGCUAUUGACCUGGUAUAUGGAGGUAUAUACUGCUUUUUGUGUCAGGACUACAUCUACGACAAAGACAUAGAAAUUAUUGCCAAAGAGGAGCAGCGCAAGGCUUGGAAGAUGCAAGGUGCUGGAGAGAAGUUUUCAACCUGGGAACCAACCAAACGAGAGCUGGAGCUGCUGAAACACAACCCAAAGAGGCGGAAGAUCACCUCCAACUGCACUAUAGGUCUUCGUGGGCUGAUCAACCUGGGAAACACAUGCUUCAUGAACUGCAUCGUGCAGGCACUGACCCACACACCACUUCUGAGGGACUUCUUCCUGUCAGACAGGCACCGUUGUGAGAUGCAGAGUCCCAGCUCCUGCCUGGUCUGUGAGAUGUCCUCACUCUUCCAGGAGUUUUACUCGGGACACCGAUCGCCACACAUUCCAUACAAGCUGCUACAUCUGGUAUGGACCCAUGCCCGGCACCUGGCUGGUUACGAGCAACAGGAUGCACAUGAGUUUCUCAUUGCAGCCCUGGACGUCCUCCACCGGCACUGCAAAGGUGAUGACAAUGGGAAGAAGGCCAACAACCCCAACCACUGUAAUUGCAUCAUCGACCAGAUCUUCACAGGCGGGCUCCAGUCUGAUGUCACAUGCCAAGUCUGCCACGGGGUCUCCACCACCAUAGACCCUUUCUGGGACAUCAGUUUAGACCUGCCUGGCUCUUCCACCCCAUUCUGGCCCCUGAGCCCAGGCAGUGAAGGCAGUGUGGUAAAUGGGGAGAGCCAUGCAUCAGGCACCACAACUCUCACGGACUGCUUGCGAAGAUUUACCAGACCAGAGCACUUAGGAAGUAGUGCCAAGAUCAAGUGCAGUGGUUGCCAUAGCUACCAAGAAUCUACAAAGCAGCUCACCAUGAAGAAGCUGCCCAUUGUGGCCUGCUUCCAUCUCAAACGAUUUGAACACUCAGCCAAACUUCGGCGGAAGAUCACCACAUAUGUGUCCUUUCCACUGGAACUGGACAUGACACCAUUCAUGGCCUCCAGCAAAGAGAGCAGGAUGAAUGGACAGUACCAGCAGCCCACGGACAGUCUCAACAAUGACAACAAGUACUCCUUGUUUGCUGUUGUUAACCAUCAAGGGACUCUGGAGAGUGGCCAUUACACCAGCUUCAUCCGGCAGCACAAGGACCAGUGGUUCAAAUGUGAUGAUGCCAUCAUUACCAAGGCCAGCAUCAAGGAUGUGCUGGACAGUGAAGGGUACCUACUGUUCUACCACAAACAGUUCCUGGAAUAUGAGUAGCUUCCUGCCCAGCUGGCCAGAAAAAAAGGAGAACAAGUUGGCAAGCUUCCUGACAUAUCCAGCCUCCCCACAUCAGAACACUGUGGUACCCCUCCUGUGCAGAUGUGCCUCAUACAUGGCCCCUCUGCACCUAGGAGGUGUGGUGUUGGAGUGGGCAUGGGCUGUGGUAGCUGAACAGAGUGUGCCCUUGAAAGGAGCUGAGGGGCUCCCUCACCAGCAUCUGUCCUCAACCUUGUGGGAGGCUUGGGGUGGCUAUUCUCAGUGCAGGCCACCCUCUGCGUGGUGCUUCAUUCUGUCAUCCCACACACGAUUUAAAAGGCCUCAUUGAAAAUGAGUCCAUUAAAGCAGUAGAGAAGACAAAGAUGAUGGCUAAGGAUAGAGUGCUUGUAGCACCCCUCUCUCUGAGCUGUGCACAGCAUUAAGGCAGGGAGUAUGGACUAGCCUCUGUUUUUUCUACAGCUGUCAAUCAGCCCAAAAGCCCAGGCUGAGAUCACUCACAGGCUGCAAAACCUAUCUGUCCUGCAGAGAACUUAGCAUCAACUGCAUGUAGAAACAUCAGCCCAGAGGUUCCCUGUUUUCCAGAAAUAGGCAUUUUCUUCUCCCAUCCACCUUUCUCUUCCCACAAUGGUGAAUUUCAUAAAUGUGAUAGUAGUAAUGUGAAUGUUUAUCAAGUUCCUAUGGAAAUCUAGAUGAUACUCCUCCUUUCUGAGACCGCCGUGCUUUUUGAUCAGAGCUGUUUCCUUGUGUCGUCGUGGUGUUGCCCCCCCCCACGCCCUGCCUUUUUCUCCACUUGGUCAGAUGGUAGAGGAGAACCAGACUGCCUCCCCCAAGGGAUUAAUCCUGAUCUUUGCAGUAACUUGAGUGUUCCCUAAUGGUUCCAUUGGCCCCAUGUCCCAUUUUUCUUCUUGGUCCUUGGUCCUGUUACCUGUUGGCUGGUAUGAAACGUGAAGUUGAGUGGCCCCAGAGAUUGCAUCAUGUCACCAUCUUGCCUCCUCUCUUCUACGUUUGCUGUAGUUUCGGUUACAGCCAGAAUAAAAAGACUUGGUGUUUGACCUUGUCAGCAGAACUGGUUGAGGAAGUUUCUUAUAAGAUACCUUGCAUGUAUCUACUUAAACAAGACUUAGACUGUCCAUUUCUUUGGGUUUGGUUUUUUUUUUUUUUUUUCCUUUGGUCUUGAGACAGCGUCUCCCUAUAGUCUCAGCUGGCUGGGAACUCACAGAAAUCCACCUGCCUCUGCCUCCUGAGUGCUGGGAUUAAAGGCGUGUGCCACCAUGGCUAGCUUAGAUUAUCCAUUUCUUUAAAAUACAACCUAGGGAGUUAGAGUUGGAGCAGUUAUUUUCUGUCCCUCUCCAGCUAUGCUUCCCUGGGAACCUUUCUGGACUGUUUGCUCCUCAUCCUGGGAGUUGUAGGACUAGCACGUGAAGAACUAGGCAUGAGCGCUUCAGGCUCUGGGCUGUAGAUUUCUGCAGUAGGUAACAUGUGAAUAGUGAGUAUGGCUGUGUUCCGUAAUACUUUAUUUACAGACCCUAGAGUUGAAUUGCAUAUAAUUAUCAUGUAGAAAGAAAUUUUUAUUACUUUUUUGACUACUUGAGAAUGAGACUUUUCUUCACUGGCCACACAAAAGCAGGGCAGGUCCCAGCCCAGCACAUUGGCUAGCUGUGAUGGAUGAGGUGGUAGUGGCAGGAGCUAAGUGACUGUUGCUCACUGUGAGUGAAAAUCACCAGAAUGCAGGAACAGCAGUGGCGGAAGGGUCAAGGCGGCAAAACCCUCACUCAUAUGGUGCAGCUUCCCACUUGCCUUGUUCAUUCUCUAAUGUAUUUUACAUUUAAAAGAAGAAUUGAAGCAUGUCUUCGAAUAAGCAUUAUCAGAAAAAUAUGGAUGGGCCUAGAUUUUCAGACAUGGCCCUAUCUUGUGGGACUCUGCCUUGGAGAUGCUCUUAGGAAGCAUCUUCAUUAGGAAGAGCAGCACUCUCAUGUGAACAAAUCCACGGGAAAAGAUUUCACUGAGUUGGCCUGCAAGAGUCAGAGCUUGAAGCCUUUCCUGAAGGUCUGCCUCCUGGACAUGCUGGCCAGAUGGGGUGUCCAGAAACAGGGGAAAUGAGCAGGUAUGCUGGCCAGGCCUGCGCCCCCCAGCACACAAAAGCCCGUCUCUGCCUAUGUUCAGGGCAUUGGGGAGAAGGACAGCGGACAGCACAUUUGUCUUCUGUUAGCAUGACUAACCUUUUGUAUCCAAAUGCAUUCCUCUCCUUCACUGUGACUUUUUAGCAGUUUAAGCACUUCGCUCUGUACCUGUGAUGAGGAGGCCAAGACCCCAUGGUGGCCACACAUCUCUCUGGCCCUGCCUCAGUGUCCUGGGGUCCUAAGGAGCAUGAUGUCUGUGCUGGACAGGCGUGUGUGAAUGACUCUGCAAAUCUGCACAGCAUAUCUGCACAGUGGGCUAGAAAGCUCUUUUAGCUCCCCAUUGGAAAUCAAAAAAUGGUUUCCUGUCUGAGGACCCCUCAGUGUGGAUGCUUAGGUGCUCAUCUCAUCACAGAGGGUUGCAUUGCCCGCCCCCAGGCUAGAGUGGUAAGCAGACCUGUUUCCAGAAGCUGCUCUUGCCAGCUUCUCAGGAAGCAGGAUAGGACCUGACAUUGCCUCCCUCCACCCAGGGCUGCCUCAGGCUGGGCAGCGCUUUGGGCUCCCUCUCAAAGCAGUAAUGCCCUGCACCAUGUGAACCUAAGUACUGUUGUUUUGACUUGGUGUGUAUGCUUUUCCUUGUGUAAAAUCAUUGUUCUUUUGACAAUUCAAGUGACUUGUUUCAUUUAUUAUAGCUUUGAAAUCAAAAAAUUGUGAGAAAAAAAAAUCCAAUGAUUGUACUGUGGUUAGACAUUUUAUUACCAAGACGUUUAUGCUACCUUUCUUUCCCCUGUCAUUUUGAGGGACUACUUGACUCUCUCCUCUCUGAUGGCUUCUAGCCUUUACUAUAUCAUAAUAAAGCUGUGUUUUAUUCUGAAA